AUGGCGCUCAGCAGACUCCUGUUUGGUAACGGCGGCGACGUACUACUGGCCGUCACUUGGACAUGGGCCGGAAUCGCCACGACGCUCUAUAUCUUGAGAGCUUGCUACGCCUCGCCUCAAAUUGCGAUCACGGUUGGCUAUUGCCAAGCAGAUACUUUCCAUCCGGAAUCUGGCGACAUUAUUCCAGGUCUGAGGGCCCUCAUUCUGCCUACAGUGACUGAGACUUGGUUCAUCAUCAUUUUCGGCACCAUCCCUACCGUGAAGCCCGUUUUCAAGGCAUGUGGCAAAAGCGUCAACCGCAUGUGCGGCCGUCCUACGAACAACAUUAAGCUCCAGCGUCUGAUCUACGACCUCCAAUUGCAGACGGGAGUCGGGGCUGAUUGGGCAAUGGAUUGUCAUGGAUACCAACCCAACAUGCAAGUUCUAUCGCUCGUGGCUGUGGCUGCAUCACUGGCUACAGAUUUCGCGUCAGGAGUCGACGCCGCCGCGAAAGGAGAACUGAUCGAACGACAAUCUAAUCUUUGCGGCGUCAAGGGAACACGAAUAUUGCCGACUAUCUUUGGCUCCUCGCAGAAAAGCCUUGAAGUUCUAGCGCAAUGCGGCGCUCUUAGCGAGUCGACCAGCUUGUGUAAAAGCUUCGCAGUCGAUUCCACUUCCUGCUACUUGUAUCCUGCUGCUCUCACGAAAGAGAUCAAGCAGGAUCCGAGCGAAUCAUUCACGUAUUACGACAUAUCAUGCAUAACGGCCAUCGACCUAUGCUGCGUGACUGCCCAGCUGAACGGGAUGCUCUGGUUUGUGCAAGAAGACUGCUGGAUGCAAAAGCAACGCUCUCGGAACAGGAUCCUGCAUCUUGUACCGCCAUACGGUCGUGAAGAAUCUUCUCGUUUACUAAAAGAGUACUCGAGCUUUCUGAAGUUUCAACUGUGUGCUGUCCUCUGUAGGAUGAUUAGAUCUUUCGGCAGCACUGAGAAUGUAGAUGCGCAGAGUAUCACGCUCGUCAUUUUGCGCCAUUCUACGGAAUUUGCAGACUCGGGGAGCAGGCAGCAGGCAGCAGGCAGCAGGCAGCAGGCAGCAGGCGAUAUGAGGCACAGUGAGGACGACGAAGAGUCGCUGACCGAUCUCAAGGCAAGGCUGCUGGCAGAAGAAUCAAAGAGGAAAGGACAGGACAGGAACAGGACAUCGGUGGUUGAUGGAUCGGCGCCAUACGAAGUUACCACGUCACCGCGCGGGGAGGAGAAACAACUUUUGAUCAACCAAGUCAACAAUCGCUGGCGGAGUGAGAAGGACACCGGCGACCACGACGCAGAUUUAUAUGGUGCAGACGACGAGCGACAUCUUGGCUUUUGCGACUUGGACGACGACAAGAGCUGCCCGAACAGCCUCCGCCACCUCUCUGCCUCGCGCCGCUUCCGCAGAAUGAUCGCAUUGCUCAUACUGCUGGCUACAGCUUCCUACUAUAUAUGGUCCCGAUUCAUUCAGCCUCGCUUAGCCGAGGAAUGGGCCUAUAAGCAAGGCUUUGUCUCUCAAGAAGGUGGCACCUACGGCAUCGCGAAAGGCGGUCAUGGCGAGAAGGACAUGGUUAGGAUCCAAUAUCUUGAGUCGAGCUUGCUACCUGGGGGUGACUGCGAUCCAAACGGAGAGAGAAGGCUGGUCUUCAUUGGCGAUAUUCAUGGCUGCAAGAAGGAGUUAUUAGAGCUUCUCCAAAAGGCCGGCUACAAUGAGGAGACAGACCAUCUGAUACUGGUUGGAGACGUGGUCACCAAAGGACCAGACAAUGUCGGCGUGCUGGACGAACUCAUUCGCUUGAAUGCUACCAGUGUUCGCGGCAACCAUGAGGACAGACUGCUUCACGUGGCCAAAAAGCUUCACAUGGCAGGAGCUCACGACAUAGAGGCCACUGGAAGCAAAGGGAAGGCAAAGGAUAUUGCACUCGUCAAGCAGCUGCAACCUCACCACCUCCAAUACUUACAAGCAAUGCCCCUAAUGCUGCACAUCCCGGCUCUACCUAUGGCAUCUGGCUCUACGAGGAAAUCGAAUUCGCCCAUUACCGAGCAUAUGCUGGUCGUGCAUGCAGGACUUGUGCCUGGAGUACGCCUCAACAAGCAAGAUCCCUACUUUGUGAUGAACAUGCGAUCGAUUAAUAGACGAACGCACGUCCCAUCCGCGUUGCGAGCGCCAUCCAAGAACGCAAAGCCCUGGUAUGAUAUUUGGUGCUGGUACAAUGAUCGCAUCUUCAAGAAGCUGUCAUUGACCGGCUUUGAGGCACCCGAUUCCGACAUGCUUGCUCAAACUGAGCCCGAUACUUGGUUCACUGGCUUUUGGAAAAACUUUUUCGGACAAAAGAAGAACAGCCUUCACCCACAAGUUGUUAUCUACGGCCACGACAGCAAAGCUGGUCUGCAGAUCAAUCGAUGGUCUAAAGGCUUGGACUCCGGGUGCGUUGGAGGUGGUAGGCUCACUGCCAUGGUCCUGGAUGCUCGAGGCAAGCAACAGCUUUUCCACGUUGGUUGCGAAAAUUAUCGCAAUUGA